ACACUUUCUUCGCUAAAUAUAUUUUCCAAAGCAAUUCCGUUUAUCUAACACCACACAAAGUUUACAGUGAAGCAGUUUUUCAUUUUUUGAUGACUGUGCCCCUUUAACAAAAGAUUCACCCCUCUCUUUUCCGUGGUUUCUUUGUCUCUUUCCCUUUCCUCCUCCAAGUCUUCUCCAUUGAGUCUUCAUGCCUUCUUCGCAGGCUGCCCUCUUCUGUAAACAGUCCGCCAUUCCUUCUUUCUUUGCUACCGGGAUCCUAGUCACUCCCCCCUUCUCUCUGCAUGACACUUGGAGGAGGGCGCAACUCACUUUACGGCAGCUGCUUGUAGAAACCGGAAGUUUUACGGCAGCGACUAGGAGAAAAGAAAACAGAGGGGUGAAAGCCACAAAAAGCAGCCUGUGCGCUGCGAGAAUAGACAGAAGAGCAGGUUCUGUGUACAGACUGAAUAGCAGCAUUGUAUAGCAGGAGCUGCCACAUUUGUACCCGCAUAGUAUCCACUUACACCGUUUUCUCCUUGGUGACAUACGGGACCUCAGCUGAUCCCUGGAGACUCCCUGCCUUGAGCCAAUGCUGGAUCUGGAGGUUGUACCAGAGAGAUCUUUAGGAAACCAGCAAUGGGAAUUUACACUAGGAAUGCCCUUUGCUCAGGGAGUAGCCAUCCUCCAAAAGAAUUGCAGGACCAUCAGAAAUGUUCAGAUCCUUUAUAGCGAUCAGUGUCCUUUAAACCAUGACCUCAUCCUUAGCCUGACUCAGGAUGGAAUUAAACUGCUGUUUGAUGCCUUUAAUCAGAGACUAAAGGUGAUAGAAGUCUAUGAUUUGACCAAAGUAAAAUUAAAAUACUGUGGUGUUCACUUCAAUUCACAAGCCAUCGCACCUACCAUAGAACAAAUAGAUCAGUCAUUUGGAGCAACACACCCAGGAGUAUACAAUUCUGCAGAGCAACUGUUCCACCUCAAUUUUCGUGGUCUCUCUUUCUCUUUCCAAUUGGAUUCCUGGACAGAAGCUCCAAAGUAUGAGCCAAACUUUGCCCAUGGAUUAGCUUCCCUCCAAAUCCCACAUGGGGCCAUGGUGAAACGAAUGUUCAUCUACAGCGGAAAUAGUCUCCAGGACACAAAGGCUCCCAGUAUGCCACUUGGCUGUUACCAUGGCAAUGUAUACACAGAGAGUGUUGAUGUUCUUCGUGAUGAAUCUGGACCAUUGGGGCUACGACUUCGCCUACUUAGUACUGGCUGUGGCCCAGGUGUGAUGGGAGAUGCUAAGUUAAGAGUUUCAGAACGAUGUAUACACUUUGGAGAUUCUUGCCAAGAUGUGCUGAGCACUCUAGGGGCACCUCAUAAAGUAUUCUACAAGUCAGAAGACAAGAUGAAAAUCCAUUCCCCAUCUCCUCACAAACAGGUUCCUUCUAAGUGCAAUGAUUAUUAUUACAACUACUUUACCAUGGGAGUGGAUAUUCUUUUUGAUGCAAACACACACAGGGUCAAGAAGUUUGUCUUGCACACAAAUUAUCCUGGACAUUACAACUUCAACAUCUACCAUCGUUGUGAUUUCCAUAUCCCUUUAACAGUAAAGCGAGAUAAUUCAGAAACCCAAACAGAAAUCUGUUCCACAUACAGCAAGUGGGACACUAUUCAGGAGUUCCUUGGCCACCCAGUGGAGAAGCCAGUUGUACUUCACAGGUCAUCUUCUCCAAACAACACAAACCCUUUUGGAUCCACUUUUUGCUUUGGCCUCCAGAGGAUGAUUUUUGAGGUGAUGCAGAAUAAUCACAUAGCAUCUGUUACUCUGUAUGGAGCCACAAGAUCCGGUGGGCAGCAGAAACCUUCCGAGCCAAGCCAAUAAACCUGAAACAGUUAGUGGGGAAUUAUAGUCCAGUGUGCCUUGAUUUGCACCCUGAUACCCACACAAAGCACAGCUUGAAUUACCAUGCUGUGUCUGCUGUUGGCAUAACAGGGGGUGCUACUCGAUUGUGGGUAUCUUCAACUUCCCUUCCAUGUUUCUCUGUACUGCAAAAGGCCUCCUAAGAGUCAGUGUCAUCAGUGUUCCUCAAGCCUAAUGAUGUGAGAAGUCCUGGCUGGCAGAGCGCUGUAUGCUGCAUCAAUAAGCACAAGCACAUGUGUGAGACAGAAGCAGGAAGCGAGGAGCCUGCAUUUUAAUGUUACUCUGUUCACCUGAGUCAUAUCUGUAUGCUAUUAUAUAUACAUGUAUGAUGUAAACACAUUA